AUCCUUUCCAGCAGCAAGGUGCGGCGGCAGCAAGUCUACCGAAGUCUCCCCAUGGACAUUUAUAAAAUAAUUAACACGCUCACGAAUGCUCGAGUUGUGGCCAAUGCAUCGCUCCAUAGGAGUGGAUACGCUCCCACCACGCAAGACGUAGUUCUCAUUCAGCAGGCGGCGGACGACCUACCUCCUCUGGUGGACAUGGUUGAUCAGGAGAUCCAAAAACUGGUCGACCUCAAGUAUGCUAUUCAAAAGCAGAAGGAGAUGCAUGGCGCGCUCGUGGCCCCAUAUCGGCGGCUUCCUCGCGAGAUUCUUUCGAUGAUCUUUGUGCUUGCGCUGCCCGAUGGCUGGUAUCAACAGCGCAUCGGAAAGCGAGUCUUUAACUGUCUUUCGGUCUGCGCGGCGUGGCGCGACAUUGCUCUGCGGACGCCACAACUGUGGACAUCGGUCCGGUUUUCACCAGAGCACAAUGCGACGGAGGACUGCAUACGCGCGCUCACCGCCGAACUGCAACGCUCUGGGCAACUACCGUUAGAUCUGGCCAUAUGCGCCGCCAGGACGAUCCGAGGCCACGAUAUCUGGAGCGACGAAGCAUGGACACUGCUCUGCGCAGAAUCCCAUCGUUGGCAGCGUAUCUCUUUGAACAACGUCCCUGCGUCUGCCUACGAGGCGCUGUCCGGCAGAUGCUUUCCGGCCUUGCAGGCGCUUUCCAUUGAUAAUGACGUACGAAUCGCAGAUAUACCGCUUGGCGUCUUCCGCCUGGAGUCCAAUCAGUUGUCAUCCCUCAGCAUAUGCUCGUGGUAUCAUUUGUGUCGGCUUCAGGACCUCCCUGAAGCUUGGCCCAUCACCGAACUCGAUUUGCAGCUUGAGACUGAGAAUCCGGCAGGUCUCGCGACCGUUGUGCAGGCAAUCGUCGCUUACAGCUCCACGCUAGGCACAUGCAGCGUCGGCGUCAUGUCUGGGGACGUCGGAUCCAGGGAGGUGCCCACACAGUUUCCUUGCCUCGAGACGCUAGUCCUCAACAACGAAGCGGUACAGCUAUGCCACAUCAUUGCUUGCCCCAACCUCAAAUCCCUUACGAUCAACUCCUACACCGUCUCCUCUGUGCAAUUUGAACUUGCCUUCCAGAGCCUUCUGGACCACUCGUCUGAGUGCAGGCAUCUCCGGUCUCUGUCGCUGCAGCAGCUAGAGCUAAUCGCAUCGCACGGCCUUGGCCUCUGCCUCAAGCGAAUUCCGCAGCUCACAGAUCUUGAAUUGGAGAACGACGAUUCUGAUCCUCGCCGACAGCUAAUCACCAUCGACCUGCUCUGGAGACUCUCGCGUGACUUCGAGAUAGUCCCCGGGUCCAUGACCUUCCUGCCGAACCUCGAACGACUCUGUUUGUGGUUCGGAGACGCACUGGAGGAGGAAGAUGAACGUUUAUACGGCGUAUACCGUCAAGCCAUUGAGGACAUUGUUGAUUCCCGGGCUCGUCGUCGGAAGGUACGAGGGAUCCGGCUUGCACCGCUGAAGUCCCUGGAAGUAUUUGGCGCGGCCAAGCUUCCAAGCUUUCGACGGGACGGUGACACUAUGUGCUUCUGGUUCAGUGACGAUGCUCUGGACACGGCUUCGAGUAGUGCUUCAGAUGGCGACUAGUUGUCUACUGUCCUGUGGGUUCACGGGGUAUGAAGAAAGUGACAUUAUGCAGAUCAUAGCCCGGUGCAGGAGGGACUGUCAGCGUACCGGUCGGGAAAGCGUCUACAAUACAGCAGAUAUAGAGAUACUGAUACAAAUGUAAGCAGUGCGUGAAAGUUAUUGAGCCCGCUCGCAGGAUAUGCCCUGCGGCGCAAUGAGUGUUCGGUAUCAUUCAGAUGAGCUCGGUCUGGCGUAAGUGUUCGCGUAUGAGGGUCGUAUGCAC